AUGUCGUACAGAAUCCAAAGAGUAGACGAUGAGUUUGUGAGUAACAAGAAUAAGAAAGAUAAAGCUGGGGUGAAGUACCCGAAGAAAUUCUCCAAGAAAGUAAAUAUGGGGAAGGUGAAUUUUGCAGUGGUGGAAAAAUGGAUUGGCGACACUUUGAAUGAGCAAUUGCCGGACGACGAUGUGGUAAUUGACUACGUGAGCGAAUUGUUGCAAGCAGAAGACGAGCCGGAUAUCAAGAUGAUUCAUUUGCAAAUGCAGGACUUUUUAGGUCAGGAACAGGCCAUGAAGUUCUGUGAGACGUUGUGGGACUUGUUGAUGAGUGCACAAGAUGAUCCUGAUGGCAUACCGAAGCAGCUUCUAGAACAAAGACGGAAAGAGUACGAGGCAGGCGAAGACAAUGGUAAGGUAGAAAAACAGAAGACAAACUAUAACAGAAGUGGCACUGGACAAAAUACUGCUAUGGAUGCAGAAACAAAUGGCGAUAAAGGGCGUAGUGACAGGAAGAAAACCUUAGGCCAAAAUAGAAGUCACGAAUACAGAAAUACGCGAGAUGAUAAGGACAAGGAUCCACGGGAUAUAAGGGCCUCGAAAAACACCGGAUAUAGAGAUGACAGACAGGAUCGAUCGUACAAGCGGUCUGAUAAUCGGGAAUACGACAAAAGGAAAAGAUAG